GAGUAUUGAACGAAACCGCGCAGUUUCCGUUCUCUGGUACAAUCACCGCUUCCCACGCCCCAGCUACCGAACGUCGGGAAAACCGAAAGCUCCAUUUAUCGAUCAACCGAACUUAGCCGAGGAUAUAUUUCGUCUGCAAUUUUUAGUCAAGUUCAAAACCGUAUUUAAAGAAAAUGACGAUCAGGUUUAAAGAGCGUUGAAGAGGCGUCAAGUUGCCCUCAAAUUUGUCAGGAGAAAUGUCAUUCAAUUAGGGCGUGUUUGUUGAAUUUUUAUUUAAUUUACUCAUACAUCCUUUUACGUACUCGUACGUAUAUCUCCGUAUUAACGAUCUGCAUCUAGAUUUGACUUUACCCAAUUCGGAUCACUGUAGUUGAUAUGGCUGUAUUUAUGUUAAAUAUUUGUAAGUUUAAUGGCUGUGGUCUUACGUUUAAAAGUUUAGGUGAUCUCAUUCAGCACAUCGAGGAAACUCAUAUUGGUAAUAAUGUUGUAUAUCUUGUUUCACUAUUUAGAUUAUGAUCCCCGAGUUGUAGAACAAACGGAGCAACAGCAGCCAACUUGUAUACCUUUAAGCUAUGUCUUAAGGUUUCUAACAGAUGCGGCCAGAAAAGAGGGUGUCAAGCCCAUCCACCAAUCAAGGUCAAAUCAAGCCUGUCUCCCCUCCUCAGCACGUAACAAAAACAAUACUCCUACAGGCAGUGAGGCAGAGGAAGGAGAGGACUUUGUUAGUGAACCCGAAGACAGCAAUGACUCCUGGACAACUUCUUCGGAGUUCUCCGCUGACUUCAUCCUUCGUUAUGGCAGCAGGGUUGUGAAUCAAACUGCUACCAAUCAGAACAAUAGUUCUGACAAACCUUUUGCCUGCCCAGUGCCUGGAUGUAAAAAACGCUACAAAAACAUCAAUGGGAUCAAGUACCAUUCCAAGAACGGGCAUAAAAAUGAUGGCAAGGUGCGGAAGGCCUUCAAAUGCCCCUGUGGAAAAAGCUACAAAACUUCAUACAGCUUGAAAAAUCAUGCAGCCAUGCAACACAGUGAGUCCUUGCUACAGGUCAAGCUUUUGCAAAACAACAAAAUGUCCAUUAAAUUAGAAAAUGACUGCGACAGUAGUACAAGAAUAAGUGACGGACAAUUGUUUGACAACACGCCCGUAAAUGUAACGAAGAUAUCCAAGUGUAAGGUGUCUGCGAUUGAAGAUCAUGGGUACAUAAAACAAGAGCGUUCUGUUACCUCAGAAACAGACUGUGAAAAUGAUUUGGGCGUACUAACUCCAGCUUCUUCGCCACCUUUGCCUAUUCACACCUUGAAUAAGGCAGAGCCUGUAGUCCAUCCGGUACGUUCUGUACAGAAAUACCUUACUAAUUUAACCUCUAGUCAAAUAAAUUAUCCUAAUAUCAUAGUCACAGCAAAUAACAACUAGUCACCAACAAUAUAACUAUAGAACCAUUUGCCAAUGUAGUAGAAUGUUUCAUAUCGCUCAAGUUUCCAAAGUUUGAAUAUAAUCUUCGUUUUUGGUUGUUUGAAAUUAUGCAUAAAUGUAAUAUAUUCUAAUACGUUCACAAUACUAUGCAAGGGAAAGUAUAAUACUAGAAUAAGUUUCUAGAGUUUAGAUUUCUGAGUGAGCAGCUAGUUUCACAGACUAUUUUCAAAUUCCUAGAUCUUCAUUGUUAAGUAAGACUGGUCUAGUCAAUAAUGAUAAUGACCUCGUAUAAUUUGCAGCUCAAAUAUAGUUAUACAAAGAUAAAGAAACUGCUGACAACUUAAAAUUUCAUUUAUAUUUAGUCAAGACCAUAUCCUGGAUUUUUGAUACCUAUAGUAUUUACAAUGGAUAGGACCUUAUAGUGAGCAUAUCGGAUUAGCUGAUCACUGUUGAAUAUGAUUCAGAAGGAUUUGAUGAUUUGAUUCUUGCACAAACUCGUAUUAUAAUGAUUUUACUGAUAUUACAAAAAUUUUAGAAGUUCUAUGAUGAUAUGAAAUGUCUUGAUCACAGUAAAAAUUAUUUACCAUGAACGUUACUUAACUUUCUCAAAAUCAUCAUAAUCAUAGAAUGUCAUAAUCAAUACAUAUUUUAAUGAUUCUAUUUUCAUGGUCAAUCAAUAUAUAGGUGAAUAUUAGAGGACAAUACUCUUCAACCUGUGUAACAUGUGCAACCCCCCACAACUUUGGGGUAGUUCUAAUUGACCGAAUCUUUUAGAGUCAUUUGUACCCAUACCUAUUCAACAAAUUAUAAUUUUUAACACUAGUCAUUUGUGAUUCAAAAUUGUGGUUGAUUAACCUGAAUGUAUUACAGUGACUCAAUUAAUGCGAUAUUAUAAUGAUCUAUUGUGGUUAUAAGUUUUGAGAGUAUGCAAAAAUGAUCAGAUAAGACAAUGGCGACCAAAGUUGAAUCAGUUCUUUAUUUUAUCUAUUCGUAAGUGUGUGAUUAGCAAUUAUUUUGUUUGAGAAUCUUUGUUAGAAUAUAAAUUCGUGUUUCCUCGAAAUCUGCAAUAACUCGGUGAUAUUACUUUGGGUAUGUUUUCGACGUUCAUUGGCCAUCUAAUAUUGAGUAUUAGUCACAGUCAAGAUGACAAUAAUCGUCUACAUACCUGAUAUAAUUCCAUUGAUAUAACAUAGUUAUUCAUUUGUUAUUACAUUCAUAAAUAAAUAAAUGAAAAUAUAUUAUUGUAGUAGAAUUUUGUUACAAAUAAAUUGAGAAAAUUUUAA